AUGGGGAAGGCAAAACCAACCUCUGCUGCUCCUAAAUCUGCCAGACCAGUGGCUAGGAAGAGUGUUCCAACACCUCCAGCUCAAAACAUCACAUCUGCUGAUCUGAUCCGCGACAAUCUUCUGGCCAAGUCAACUCAAAAGUCUUAUGCCUCUGCUGUGUCAGGUGUGCAGGAAUGGCUCAAGGAGACGAUGGAAGAGUACACUGCUAGGAGGGGGAAUGACAUUAGUGCUUGUCUUGUCCCCCUUUUUUGUCAUCCUCUUGCUGUGGUGUCUUUUGCCAAGCCAACUGAAGUGACAGUGCCACUCCUAUCCGAGUAUAUCACCCACCUGGUCACUGUCCAGAAACGAUCUUCCAGCCUGGUAGGAGUAACCUAUUCAGCAUUCAAGAGGCAUUUUACUUCCCAGGGGAAGAGUGGGUAUUGGAAACCAAGUCCAAUACCUGAUGAGUGUGAGGGGAACCCUUGUGAGGCUCAAGUCAUACAUGAUCUGGUUAAUGCUAUCAAGAACAAGCACAAGGUUGAAGGCCGGGUUCACAACCAUGCCCGAGCUAUUUGGAUUGAGGAUAUCAAGAAGUUGCAGGGUGUGACAGCAUCAAGAGUGCCAGUUGUGCUGUUUCAACGGGCUCUUACCACAGUCGAUUCACUUGAUGUUGCCCAAAGGGAUGCUGUUCGUGAUCACUUGAUGUUCUCUGCAAUUUCGUCUCUUGGUUGGGCCCUGUGGACAAGGAAUGAAGAGCUCACCAGUAUCCAAAUCCAACAUCUGGAUUGGUAUCACCAAGAAGCACACCAUGACCUGCCACACCUACAGGUUACACUUGAGAAUCGCAAGGGUUGGCAGAAGCGGCUUGACUCAGGUAGCUCAGGGAAUACAACCUGUGGUCAUGCAUACAAUCUAUACCCAUUCCCCUUUGAUGACUAUGGCACUUUUCGUGACCCACACAAGAUGCCUGAGGUGGAUGCAUACAGACAUGUUUGCAACUGGAUUACAUUCCUGCAGCUUCAGUACCAUGGUGGAAAAGUCCUGGCUCCCAACUUUCCCCUCUUUCCCUCAUUCAACCUCCAUAACAUUCGCUGGGGUUCAACAUUCUCUACAGCUAGUGUCUGUCAAAAACCCGGAUCGAAGGGGGUAAAUGCUGAACUGAAGCUUCUCAGGGAGCCCAGUUCUGCUGGGUGGUACAAGAGGCUCUAA